UUUCCUUAGCGAAAAUGUUGUCCCAGGUUUCGUUAAGGAUAUAUUAGGCGAAAACCCCAACCAAUCAGAGCGCGAAUAUGCUGGUGAGCGUAGCUACGCGCUAGCCGGCUUCGCUCAUACGCUACUGCGGCCGCUCCACCAGUAUACUCGCGCUCUGAUUGGUCAGUGUUUUCCGUUAAUAUCUCCUCAACGAAGUCUCGUACAACAUUCUCGCUAAGGAAAAAGUUGUUUCAAAUCACCUCCCGAACCGCCUCUUUCAAGGUGUUACAACAUUUUUGGAACACCCUGUAUAAGUAUAAAUGAUAAAAAAAAUACAAAGAAUUUUAUUAAUUAUGCGCUUAUGAAAAAUAAAGAAUAAUGUUUGUAUGCUGAAGCCAGGUCAUUAUUGUGGCGAAUGAAUGGCUACAUCCGGAAGACAAAAUUUGUUUUAAAUUUUCUUAUCUACAGAAUUAAAAAUCUCCCUAUAUACCUGCUCGCACCAUACAAUACACACGAUGUUAUUAGACUCGAAACACUCUUCUAAUAUGACAAACAUUUUGCAGAAGAAACAAGUACGUGUAUGUGUGUAUUUCAAUUUUGUACGUACAGUGUGUUGAACACGUGAGAAUUUUUUGAGACUAAGUUACACAAAGUUAUUCUUUUCUGGAAAACGUUACAAGUGUUCUCAUUUCACCCAAGAUUUGUUAUUGUUUGUGUUGCGUAUAUUAUCUACAAAUUCCUUUUUUCCAUCAAGUUGUUCCAUGCGUUCAUACAAAUAACUAUGGAACACAAUGUAUUUCGAGAUUAUUGUAAGGCUGAGAAUAGCGAUGACGAAGAAGUUAAUUGUGACUUACAAUCUAGAUUGUAUGCUGCUGUCUAUUACGGCUCCAAUAAUUUGGAAGAUCUAGAUGUAAAAGAGAAUAUUAAGUUAGAAGAUUCUGGUUUUGACAGUAAAGAAUCAAAUAAAUCUAUAAGUACUCAAGUAUCUAACUCCGAUGGCAAUUUCAAAUUCAAUUUUUCCCUUAACACAGAAAGUGAAUCGUCGAAUGUACACAAUAAACAUAAUUUAAAUGUACCAUCUAGAGAAGCUUUACAACAUCCACAAGAAAGCAUUAAAUCGCCGAAAGGUAAUAAGGAGUCUGUGGUUUCUCAUAAACAGGAAAAUAUCAAUAGUAAUCCAGCUAACACUUAUGAUACGAGCAAAAACAUAAAACCAGAAACAGAAGCAGAGACUAAACAAAAACCUAUGCAAUGUUCAAACUUUGAAACAAGACAAUCUUCUUUAAAUUCUAAACAAUGUAAUAUUAACGAUAAUACUGGAAGAACUGAAGAAGAAAUGUGCGUUAAGCAGAAAGUGAACAAUCCUGACAAUAUUUUUAGAAAAUAUGAAUUUUCAAAGUUGUUUAUCAAUAAACUAUAUCAAGAAAAGUAUGAGAAUCUAAAUAAACGAUUGCAACAAUUGGAAGAAAAAGAGAAAGAACAGACAGAAGAGAAUGUACAAGAUGAAACAAACAUGGAAGAAGAAAAUCAACAACAAUUGAGUUACUUGGACCCAAUAGAAAAGGAGACAAGGUACGAGAUAUGUACAAGAAGCGAUAAGAUACAGAAAGUCAGUAACUAUUCCGAAGAGGUCGCUGUACUAUCAGUAGAAAUGGACAGCGAUUCCGAAGAAUCUAUUUUAGAAGUGCCUAUUCCACCAAAACCAUUGCCACCUGUUAUACAGUUACCAGAUUCUGACGACGAGUUUGACAUGUCAAGCAGCAAUAGGAACGAGCAAUUCUACAUCAAUAAUAUAUGUAAUCUAACAGAAGAUUACGAGAAUAUAACUUAUAUAAGAACCAAAGCUUCAAAUAAUGUAUCAACAACUAUUGAUGAUACCUUAGCAAGCUGCGCAACAGAAGACAUCACAUUAAACUGCACAGAAAUCCAAAAAGCCGCUUCCAGUAUAAAGGAAAUAAUGGAGAUGAGUAAAAAUGUCCAAAAUGAUCUCACCCACUCACACAAAGAUAAAAACGCUUCAAAAGAUACAUUCACACUUACAACCGAAUCACUCAAAACUGCUGGCGAGACAGUCAAAUCAUCCUCCAAUACCGAAAAAAAUAUCGCGUCUGAAUUUCAAUCUCCGUUAGAUAAUAUCAACAACAGUAAUAUAGUGUAUGAAAGAGAUAAACCCAAAUUGGUUACCUUCGCAGAGGAAGUAGAAGUAAUGACUUUCCGAAACCCUAACGAGUUAACUAUAAGUAAAAGAAGAAGAGACGAAGAUAACGAACCUAAUAUUAACGCAAAGCGAAAGAAAACUAACAAUAGUAAACAUUCGGAAGCAAGUGCCACUCCACAGCAGAGCAAAGAGAAAGAAAAACAACAGUCGUGGGUGGAUUAUUUUUUUCGCCCCAUGUCUGAGAGUCUUAAAAACUUUUAUAACGAGGUUCGAGGUCAAGAAAACUUCGACAUCCAGGAAAUACAAAGUAAAAUGUCAAAGGAUCCAAGACUUUGGGCUAUUUUAGAUGAAGACCUGAUGCCGACUCAUUCGAGACGAAACAGAUUUUGGAACGUCAAGUGUAACAAGUGUCAAUGCGAAGGUCAUCGAGCGUACAAUUGUACUCAACCACACAAACCUCCUCGAUGCUACAUGUGUGGUACGGAAGGACACAUCGAAGCUCGAUGUCCUCAGAAAAUGUGUCUCACGUGCGGUAAAAAGCAAGGAACGUUUAGAAAGACUUGCGAAUCUUGUCGCACACUUUAUUGCAACAUGUGUAAAGCUGUAGGGCAUAGAUCAACGGAGUGUCCCGAUCUCUGGAGAAGAUUUCAUCAAACGACACGCAACUCUGAGAUAAACAUCCCAGAAAACUUAUCGGAAAUCAUGAAGCCUGCGGAUUUACUCUACUGCUGCAAUUGCACCAAGCGCGGACACGAUUCCUCCAUGUGCUACGAAUAUCGGUGGUCGCAGCACUUUCCAACACCAGCAUCUGUCUCAAAUUAUGGAGACAGAACACAAUCCGCAGAACAUGGCUAUGAUAACACCACCAAAGACGUCAUACCAUUGACUAAAUCCAAAAAAAACAAACAUACUCGCAUAAAAAAUGCCGAGUUUUCUGCGGAGACAGAAGAAGGUCUCGAAGGCUGUUGUGUAUUGUAUUCGUACGGUAUGUUCCAUACCAGAAAACAGAACGGCGAAGAACUUACGAAGAAGGUUCCAAAUGAUAUAGUUCCAAACGCAAGCAGUUUUGUGAAAAGUCCUGUGCCAGUGGAGUUCUUCGACCACUUGUCGAAGAUAAUUAACUUUGAAUUAAAAAUAUUUUUUGAUCCGCUGAGGGUAUUGAAGAUAAGGAUACGAUCGAUAAUGGGUGUUCCGGUGCACCUGCAUCAGAUCUUCGGAUUUUGGCUUCGCCUGCAAGACGACGAGAAGAAUCUCCACAUAGACACGAAUCUACCACGUGGUAUGAAGAAGAUGUUCAAUUUUUUGACAACAAACUUAGAGGAGCUGGAUCGAGACUUACCAGAUGAAGCUAACAAUCUUAGCAGUCGGAUAGAAAAAUUGAAGAAGUCGAUGGCCGGCGUUCAAGAUCCUAACAUAUUGUCUUGUAAAGCAGGAGAGCUGUUGAAACUAAAAAAGAAAUUGUUGAAAAUAUACCAUACGAAACCAGUGUGGAGUCGAGAAGCAGUAAAGCUACGCAAACUUGCAAAAUUGUUAAGUAGGAAAAUAGCAAAUUUAACAUCACAGAAAGUGCCAGACGUUCCCUUGCCACUAUACGUGCAAAUUAUCACGGUAUACAAUAAAGUAACUGUGCCUCGAACCUUGACCAAGGACGAACUGUCCUCUUUCUUUAGUAAAUUUAACAAGAAGAAAUCAAAGAAAAAUAAAGGAAAAGAGAACAAAGUCAAAAAACAGAAUUCACAAGAUUGUAAUAAAUUAAAAGCUUCCACAAGUUCCAAUGUAAACAAUAAUGCUAUGCCAAAAAAUACUCAGAUACAAGAUAAACAACCAAGCGCUACAUUUACCACUACUGAAUGUUCAACGAGUAAUAACAUUCAAACUGAUUACAACGCUACGCAGUUUUAUACAGACAGUGAAGGAAACCAAUUGGAGAAAACUAUUGCUGGAUAUUAUUAUGCUUAUCCCAUAGAAGUUUUACAGCUACCACGUAACCAGCUUCCACCAAAUAAUGCGGAGGAAAUUCCUGUACGAAACCCUUAUACAAUUUCACCUAAUUUAAUUCCGCUACCUGUUAAGAAACCAGUGUGUUCCAAUACAUUAUCGAAGAAUGCUAAGAAUGACCAAUUAAAUAGCACGCCUUGCACCGAAGUGAGACCCAUUGACAAAGAUGUAGAAAUAAUAUCAAACAAUAGUGAACUAACAAAAAUAUCCAAUCCACAGCAAACAGUGAGUGUGGUCAACUCUGAAACAAAUGCUUCGAAGAAGAAGAAAUCGAAGAAAGCGAAAUUAGAUUCCAUAGGGAGUCAAGUGAGAAAUGUUGAGACAUCCAUAGAAGCAAAGGCUAAGAAAGUUAUCAUCGAAGCUCUGGAAUUCAAUCUACCAUACAUGAAUAAAGCUAUAGAGGAAGUUGAGAAGCGAAUGAGUGAUAAGAAUAUUACACAAGAGCACAUUGAUAUGCUCCAAAGACUAAUAAACCUGGAAAAAGACCAUAGGCAAUACGUGACUUCGGUUUAUAGUUACUUGAAGUAGUUUUCUUGGAAAUAUUGUGCUGAUUUCAUGUUUUAGCGAAAUGAACAUAUUAGAUAUUAUUUGUACCUUAGCGAUAGUUUACGCAAGGUCAGUAUAUAAAUUUAUGAUGAAAUAUUGUAAAAUAUGAUUACGGAUACUAAAUUCUAUCCAUGAUUAUACACAUUAUAAAUGUACAUACUAUAAGUAUAUAACAGGUACUAUGGUGUUACAAUUGUUUGUAUUUAUGUUAUUCGAACAUCAUUUGAUUAAAAAUUUGUCUUACAUUUCAAUCUAAGACAUAAAAUGGUAUGUUGAAUGUAUACAACAUUAAUGUAGGAAAAUUGCAUUGAUUUGCAAUUAAUAUUGAUAUUAGGAAUUUAUGUUACAUUUAUAUCAUACAGUUUUGAUAAUUAUAACUUAAUUUCAAAGGAGAUUUUUUUCCCAGAGUGUAACGUUAUAUGGUACACGAAUCAUCUUCAUAUCUAUUCUUGUAAAUAAAUAAAAAAUGCUUUUCAAAUGAAAGUGAAUAAUAAUUUGUUAUAUGUUAUAAUUAUUGA